AAUGUAGUCAUAGGCCCAGAAUUACUAAGAAAAAUUUGGAACAGGAUUUUGCUAAGGCCGAUUUAUGAAAUCAAUGAGAUUCUCAAAGGCCCCAUGGUUAUUACUAAAGAUGCGGAGGUAACAUACCCUUUUCACAUACCGUUUGUGGCAGCAGAAAAGGGCAACACUAAGUUUUUAGCUGAGCUACUUGCUGAAUAUCCUGUUCUUUUGUGGAGGGUAAAUGAUGAUGAACAUAAUAUCUUUCACAUCGCCGUCUCUCAUCGCCAGGAAAGUAUCUACAAUCUAUUAUACGAUAUGGGCUCAGUACAUAGUGUUAUUACUCGUGAGARGGACAAGGAUGGCAAUAACUUGUUACAUUUAGCGGGAAUGAAAGCAGAAAGUCCCCAUGAGGAUGUGUCGGGAGCUGUGUUUCAAAUGCAACUUGAAUUGUUAUGGUUCAAGGAAAUAAACUCUAAAGUCCCUCCUUCUUGUAGAGAAGAGAAGAACAAUGAUGGUCGAACACCACUUCAACUAUUCACCGAGAACCACCACGACAUGGUAUCCAAAGGUGAGAAGUGGAUGAAAGGAACAGCCAACCAAUGCAUGGUGGUUGCUGCACUAAUAACCACCGUUGUAUUUUCGGCAGCUUUUACCAUUCCAGGUGGGUACGACCAAAACGAUGGCCUUCCUAUCUUCCUCAAAGAUGGACCCUUCAUAGCCUUCGUCAUAUUGGAUGCCAUUUCUUUAAUCUUGUCUUCAGCUUCCAUCCUUAUGUUCUUAUCCAUCCUUACUUCUCGUUACGCUCAAGAAGAUUUCCUGGUAUCAUUACCCAAAAAGUUGAUGAUAGGUCUAACGACACUUUUCCUCUCUAUAAUAACCAUGAUGGUUGCCUUCACAGUCAGCUUCUUCGUGUUAUACCGUAACAGUUUGAUCUCGGUACCGAUUAUCAUCAGUGUAGGAGCUGUAGUACCCAUCUUUCUAUACAUGAAACUGCAGUUUCCUCUUUUGGUGGAUGCAUAUCGCUCAACAUAUGGUAGCAGGUAUCUCUUUAGGCCCAAAAAGCGUGUGCUUUUCUAUCGCAAUCCUAGUAUCUGAUUGAUGUCGUUGUGACCACUUUCAAGCUAUUCAUUAGAACUUUGAUGACGAUAUAUAUGUCUUUUUCUUUCUGAAAGUGAAUUAGUAAUAUAUCACGCAGAUUCUAUU